UGGGCUCGGCCAAGCAUUGCUGCACUGAGUCCCCCUGGUUGACGGCAUCGGGCUGAGAAUGCUUCUCACAGGCCCUGCUACCAGGCACUCUCCCGUUCAGCCAGCUUACUAAGUUCCUUGGCUAAUUCCUUGGUCAGCAGAAGUCUCCUAUCCAGGGCUGAACCACCAAGGGCACCUGCCCCAGUCUGCCUGUUUGUGACCUCGGCUGUUGCCUGGACCCACCUACCUCUCCUAACUGUUGCUGGCCCUGCUCCUCCCCUGUUUACACCUCGACUGGUCAUGUUGCCCCUCUGCCUUGUGGCUGGGCUGCUGCUAGCCGCUGUGCCAGGGCUCUGUCAGGGAGAUGAGGCCAUCCACUGCCCACCUUGUUCAGAGGAGAAGCUGGCACGCUGCCAGCCCCCAACGGGCUGUGAGGAGUUGGUCCGGGAGCCUGGCUGUGGCUGCUGUGCCACCUGUGCCCUGAGUAAGGGGAUGCCCUGCGGUGUGUACACUGCCCGCUGUGGCUCAGGCCUACGCUGCUACCCACCUCGAGGGGUGGAGAAGCCCCUGCACACGCUGAUGCAUGGACAAGGGAUAUGCAUGGAGCUGGCAGAGAUUGAGGCCAUCCAGGACAGCCUGCAGACCACAGACAAGGAAGAGAGUGAGCACCCCAACAACAGCUUUAGCCCCUGCAGCGCCCAUGACCGCAAAUGCCUGCAGAAGCACUUAGCCAAGAUCCGGGGCCUGAAUAGUAACAGCGGCAAGAUGAAGAGCAUCGGGAAUGUAGCCCACCGGGAAGACAGUCGGCCCAUGACUCAGGGUUCCUGUCAGAGUGAACUACACCGGGCUCUGGAGAGGCUGGCAGCAUCUCAGGGUCGCACCCAUGAGGACCUGUACAUGAUUCCCAUCCCCAACUGUGACCGCAAUGGCAACUUCCACCCCAAGCAGUGCCACCCAGCUCUGGAUGGGCAGCGGGGGAAAUGCUGGUGUGUGGACCGGAAGACAGGGGUGAGGCUCUCUGGAGGGCUGGAGCUGAGAGGAGAGCUGGACUGCCAUCAGGCAUCAGACAGCCUCCGAGACUGAGCUGUUUGAGGCCCACAGGCAGGGGUUCCCCAAACACCGCCCCCACCCCAAGAGACCAAGGAACCCACUGAGUCUGUGUUUGAGUUGGGGGAGGGUGGAGGAGGCCAAAGAGUCCUUUCUUCCUCCUCCCUGGCCUGGCCUUAACUUCUAAUCCAGAUUUCUCCCCUUGGUGUGAGUGUGCCCUUUGGGAUGUCCUUCUUUGGGCUCCAGUAGCCCAAGAUCAGGGAGUGUGUAGACUUCCAUGGCUAUAUCCCCAAAUUGAUCCUGAAUUCCAGUCUUCAGCCUCCUGGGGAUGUUUGCUCCUCACCCUCUUAGUCUGGUGGGCCAGGGGAAUGGGUACCAGAAAAGGGUUGGUCUGUAGAAGAGAAUUCUCAGUCUAGAAAGAAUAGCAUAAAGGCAGCUCAGUGUAGUGGUUAGAGAGCUGACCUCAGAGUCAUGAGGACCUGGGUUCUAGUCCCUUCUUUGACACUAACUGGCCAUGUGACCCUAGGUAGUUCAAUUCACCUUUCCAUUCAAGUUUCAGAGAAGACAUCAACUUAUGUUAGUAAAGAAAAUUUUGAAACUCCUAUACCAGUGUCACCACAGAUCUGGUCCCUGUCCUGGAGAAAGUAAUAGGGAGAAGGCAAAUACUUGGUCCAAUUCUUCUAGCUGCUUUGGGCCCUAGGGUAGGUAGGAAGUUCGGAGCUGGUCCAAAUGCAGCUUUUGUGGGUUGAGGGUGGGGAUGGGGAAAGAGAAUUGUUAGAUUCAGCUAACAAAAAACCCCAGCCUUUCUCAAUCAAGGAGACCAGUAAUUUUUUUUGCUUCUUUUUUCUCCCGUUGGCCGAAGACUUUCUUCCCCCUUCCCCUCCCCCAUCGACUCCUAGCUUGGGGGACACUGCCACGUCCCAGCCUACAUGGUUCACCCUCAGUUGCACCACAAAUGAGGCACACAUUCAUUGGCUUCCUUCGAGGUCAGGUCCUGUGUGGCCUCCGAUAGUCCAGGCAAAGAGGGGAGCGUAUUGGCAGGUCACGUGUAGCCAGGACACUCAUAUUCACACUGGCUUGGGUGGUUCUCUGGGUUAAGGGGAAAGGGGGUGGAGGCAGGAGGGAAGCAGGUUUGAGGAGGGGCUAGAAAGUCAGGAAGGAGCAAGCAGCCAAGAUUUCGGGCACGACUGGGCAAGAGAUGCUUAAGGAAGUUAACAUUAGAGAGUUUUGGAGGACGUGAGGGUGUUCACUUCAGUGCUAGAGUUAGGGAAAAGGAAGGGAUAUAAUGCAGCAGUCCUGGAUUUUGGUCUCCUCCCAAUCCUCCCAUCCCACCCCUGCUUCGGCAGGCCUCUUUCCCCACCCUGGCCCAGCCUCUUCCCCUUUGUCCUAUGCAACACCUCGAUCCUGAUGGCCCAGCCUAGCCAGGCUUUUCCCAGUCACUUCUGUGGGACACACUGCUCUGAAGACAUGCCAGCUUUCUUCCAGCAGACGGCAGGUCACCAGACUGUGCUUUACAUAGGGACCUACCAAAUCAGCAAUUAGUGAUGUUUGAUUGUUGUUA